AAUACUUUAGGCAUCUAUAGCAUGGAUGAAGGCCCUGAGGACGAGGCAAGGCGGACUGGCGCCGAUGAUAGCGCCCUGGCCACGGUUCCGGAGAGUUCCGGCACGCUGGCAAUAAGCAGUGCUCCCCCAGCCCCAGGACGGACGUCGCACUUGGCCGCAUCUACCAUGCUUUUGACCGGUCAUGCUGCAGCCGUGUAUUGUCUGCAGUUCAAUCCCAUGGGGGACGCUUUGGCAACGGGGUCUUUUGAUAAAACAAUAUUGCUGUGGGACGUAUAUGAGGAUUGUAAAAAUUACAAUGUACUGGCUGGGCAUACGAACGCUGUGUUGGAUCUGAAAUGGUCGCCAAAUGGUUGCCAAAUCGCUUCGGCAUCGGCCGAUAAGACGCUCAUGUUAUGGGACAGCAACAAGGGCACUCGGAUCCGUAAAUGCAAGGAGCACACUGGAUGCGUAAACAGUGUGGCCGUGGCGGGCGACAAAGUCGCGGCGUUGAUAGCCACGGCAAGCGACGAUCGCACUGUGAAGCUGUGGGACAACCGCAGCCGGCGAUCGGUUCAAACAAUCGAGCAUCGCUUUCAGUUGCUGGCGGUAGCGCUGUCCGCGGAUGGGAAAAAGGUGUUCGCGGGCGGCAUCGACAACAGCAUCCAGGUCUGGGACAUGGCCAAGGGACCGGCUCCUCUAGACGUGCUCGAGGGCCACUCGGAGACGGUCACGGGCUUGAGCCUGAGUCCCGACGGCAAGUAUUUGCUGUCGAACGCCAUGGACAACACCGUGCGGCAGUGGGACGUGCGGCCCUUUGUGACGGGAGGGCGGCUGGUCCAGGUCUUCCAAGGAGGGACACACGGCUCGGAUCGCAACCUCUUGCGCUGCGCCUGGUCGCAAGACGGCGAGAUGGUCUCUGCGGGCUCCGCAGAUCGCGCGGUUCAUGUAUGGGAUGUGCCUUCGGGUCAGGAGCUCUACUACCUGCCGGGACAUAAAGGGACCGUAAAUGAGGUCGUCUUCCAUCCCCGGGAGCCUGUGAUAGCCUCUGCGUCUUCGGACAAAACGUGCUAUUUGGGGGAGCUUGCCGGAUGAUAACUCUUAUCGUUAAUCAUCGUGGAAGAUAAAAACUGAGAAUUUGAGUAUUA